AUGGAGUCUAUCAAUCCUCAUGUACCAUCCGUAGCAUUAUUUGUUACGCGAUCGGAAAUUGAUUUUUCUCAUCGUUCACCAAGUCCAAUAUGUCAACGAUGGUUUAUGGUUUUAUAUCUGAAAUCAGAAGCUAAAGAACUUGCAUUAACCGUCUAUCCAGUAAAUAUGAAAAAUCCCGAACAAGAAUUUAAAAAAGCUUAUAAUUCAAAUCCACCUGUUGUUGUAUUUGAUGAAACAAAUGAUAAAACAUCACAAGUUGUUCUAACUGAUAAUCGUGAUAUUGAUGCUGAAAUAAGUAAACGUUUUCCUGUUACAAAUAUGAGUUCAUUAAAAGAAGCUGAAGAUGUUUGUUCAAAUAUUUAUAUUAAAUUUCAUCCAUAUUUAAAAUCACCAACAGGUGAUCCUCAAGAACAAUUUAAAUUACGUUCAUUAUUAAGUGAAUUAAAACGUAUAAAUGAUUAUAUUGAAGAAAUGGGUACAAAAUUUUUAUCGGGAAAUGAAAUGACAUUUGUUGAUUGUGACAUUAUGCCAAAAUUACAACAUAUACGUGUUGCAGGAAAAUAUUAUAAAAAUUUAGAUAUACCAAUUGAAUUUCAUGCCUUAUGGUCAUAUAUGGAACGUUGUUAUCAAACAAAAGCAUUCCAAGAAUCAUGUCCAUUUGAUCAAGAUAUAAUAAUGCAUUAUGAAGGAAAAGCUGCUGCAAAUAUUAAACCAUUUGGUAAAGCACCAACAUUACAACAACCAACAAUGACAUUAACAAUACCAAAACAUGAACACAUUGCUAGUUUUAAAAGUGGUAAAUCAUUAUCAAUUACAGGCCAACAAGAUAAUGUAUGUACACCAAAUCAAAUGAUUAAUUUACUUGCUUCAUCAAAUCGUUAUGGUUAUAUAUUUUAUGCAACGGAAAAUGAUGGUCUUGCUAUAAUAUCAUCAAAAUAUAUUGAUCAUGAAUCAUCUUAUUUAAGUAAAUCAUCUGAUGAUGAUAAUGAUGAUAAUAAUAAUGAUGAAAAUCAUAAUCUUGGAAAAAAUUCUAUUAUACGUCGAUCAUAUAUGCCUAUACAAAUGAUGAAUAAAAAUUCUUUUAUUAUUCCAUAUUGGAUAUCAUUAAAUGCAGAUGAUUCAAUUAUUGCUAUAGUUCUUUCAGAAUUAGAUACACAUUUAUGGUAUAUUAUGUUCUAUGACGUUGUCCAAUUAAUUCAAACUCCGGAUUCAACACCAAUUUGUGCACCUAUUAAGUUAUCAAGCGAUUCUAUUGGUGAUACAAUUCAACAUUUUACAUGGAAUCCAGCUAUAACAAAUAUGUUUGCAUAUAUUGAUGGACAGGGAUCGGUUUCAACAUUUGAAAUUGAUCAAAAUUUAAAACAAUUAAAAAUGUUAGGCAAAUGUGAUUCAAAUGAUGAUAAUUCAUCAAUUUGUUGGAGUCCAAAAGGAAAACAAAUUGUUGUUGUUAAAUAUGAUGGUGCGUUAGAAUUAUAUGACCCAAAUAUGACAUUAAAAAAACAAUAUCCAUCAACUACUGUUAAUUCAUUAUUUCCUCCAUGUAUUAGUGUACUUUGGUUUUCGACAUAUCAAUUUUUACUUGGUUUUUCUGAAAAUAAUCCAGAUGAAAAUACAAAUGAUAGUUCAUUUUUUCAUAUUAUGGUUACUUAUGAUAAAAAUCAAAAUCCUAAAACACAAAUUUAUAAUGAUCUGUUUUUUGAUGUUUAUGAUAUUCCAAUGAAUAUUAAUCCACAAUAUUUCUAUGUACGAAUAAAUGAAAGUAAUAUUGUUAUAUGUGGUCUUACAAAAUCAUUAAAAAUUAAUGUACUCGGUUCAGAUGAACUCAAUCAGAAUUCUCUUGAUAUAUGGUCAUUUGCUGAUCAAUUUCGAGCAACUGUUAAAAGUUCAACAAAUACAAAUAAUGAUCGUCCGUUUCUUACUGGUAUGGCUCUUGGACUUAAUUCAACUUUAUCAAUAUCUGAAGGCAAUACAAAAUUACCUUCAUGUCCAAUGUUACUUCUUUCAAAUAGUAAUGGUCUUUUACAAGUCUAUUAUUUUAUUCAUAAAAGUUUACCAUCAUUAUAUCGUUUACCUGAAGUUAUUAAACAAAAUCAAACAUUACAAUCAUCAAUGAAUAGUUUUCUUGGUAUGACAUUAUCAUCACCAUCACAAACAUUACCUUUUGGUCCAGUUCAAUCAACGACUAUAGCACCAUCAUCAUCAGCUAAUGCACUUUCACUUACAAAUUUGGGUUUUACAUCAUCAACUUUGACAACUACUAAUUCUCAAAUAAAAGAAAAAAAUAUAAAUAAUAUUUUAAGUUCUAUUCAACCACCUUCACAACCUGCAAAUGUAUCAUCAAUUGAUGAUGUUUCGAAAUCAAUAAAUAUGAAUAAUUUUAAUAAAUUAACUUCAAUACAACAAGUAACACCAACAAAAAUUGCAACAAAUAAUGAUCAAUCAUCAACAACAAUUUCUAAUAAUAAAAAACUUCUUCAAAUGACUGAUGAAAUUCAAUCGAAAUUAAAAACUCUACAAAAAUCAUUACCUAAAUCAUCUGAAUCAUCAAUUAAUCUUGACGAAUCUUUAGAAAAUUUAAUAAAAGAACUUAAUAAUAUGACAACAUCACUUCAAACUUCAAUUCAAUCAAUAAAAACAAUGACAAGUGAACAUAUAGAAUCUAUAACAAGAAUUGAAGAUGCUCGUCAUCAUUUAAAAUUAAGUCAAAAAGAAAAUUUUUAUAGUUUAUUAAAAGAUCGUGAACUUGAUCCAUGGACACAAAUACGUCUUGAUUCAAUUAAAAAUAAAUAUGAUCAACUUAAACAUAAUUUAAAUGUCUUAUUACAAUUAACACAUAAAACAAUACAUAAUAAAUCAUUAUCUAUAAAUAAUGAUGAUAUUGAAAAUGAAGAUUUUUUACCCGAUUUAGAAAUAUUAGAGACAUCUGAAACAAUGAAACAAGGAAUUCAAAAACGUUUACUUGAACUUAGUCAUAAAGUAUCUGAAACAGAAAAAGAUUUACAAAUUAUAUAUGCAAAAUUCAAUAAAGAUUUCUUCGAUAGCAAACAAUUUGAUUCAAAUUUAACAAAAACAACAGAUAAAUCAUCUAAUAGAUUAUUUCAUAAGUUAGAUUCUGAAAUUUUAUUACAUUUACAAUCGAAUCAUCAAAAUAUUCUUGAAGUUCAUGUACCACCAACACCUGUAAUUCAAUUAUCAUCAAUAAAUGAACAAAAAAAAUCUUCAACUAUUGAAAUAAUUAAACCAAUUACACCAACAACACCAAUACAAAAAAAUUCUUCACCAACAAUUGAAUCUGAAAGUUUUAAAAAAAUGUUACGUAUUGUUCGUGCAUCAAUUGAUUUAUAUUCAGGUGCAGCAAGUCCUGAACAAUUACGUGAAUUAUCAAAUACAAUAUCAACUAGUCCAUUAUCAUCAUCAAUACAAAAAUCUAAUACAAUAUCAAUUAAUAAAACUCCAACUACACCUAAAACAACAAUAACAACAACAACAACAACUCAUACAAAAUCACCAGCUCUAACAAAAUCCUUAAGUACAACAAUAGCAUCAACAAAUAUUUUACAAUCAUCAGCUAAAACUGUUACAUCAUCUGUACCAAAUAUUUCUGUUACACCAGCAACACCAGCAAUAUCAUCAGAUAUACAAUCAAAACUUCAAUUAAAUAAACCAUUUAUUCAAACACCUACUGAUCUAUCAAAAACAUCAGGUGAUAGUGUUAUACGAUCAUUACUUAAUAAUGCAGCAACAUCUUCAACAACUGUAACAUCAAAUUCAACUCAACCAAUAAUUAAUUCUACAACAAAUCAAAUUAUCAGACCAAAUAUACCUAAUACAUUAACUUCACAAGUAACAACUCCAAUUCCAACAACGACAGCAACAACAACAACAACAUCUGUUCAAUCAAUAUCUCCAACAACCAAACCAACUAUACCGACUGGUGUAAUACCAUUCGGUUCAAAACCAUUACUUGGUAGUAAUACACUUAAUUUAACACCUACUACAUCAUCACCUGCUUCAUUUGGUAAUGUCACGACAACAACAAAUAAUAUUGGAUCAAUGUUUGGUAGUACUUCUAUUACAACUACAUCUGCUCCAAGUCCAUUUGGUACAGCAACAACAACAACAACUUCAACUACUACUCCAUUUAAUAGCAGUUUCGCUACUCAUACAACUACAACUGCAACAACAUCAGCAUCCGGCACUGGUCUAUUUGGUACUGCAACAAGUUCAGCUGCUACUCCAUUUGGUAUCGGAUUCGGCACACCUACUACUACUACUACUGCAACGGCAACAACACCAGCAUCGGGCACUGGUCUAUUUGGCACUCCAACAACUUCAGCUACUUCUCCAUUUGGUACUGCAUUCGGCACACCUACUACUACAACAACAACAACAGCAACAACAUCAGCAUCAAGCACUGGUUUAUUUGGUACUGCAACAACAGCACCCAUUUCUAGUCCAUUUGGUAGUGGAUUUGCUACUCCUCCUACUAAUACGACGACAACAACGACUGCAACAACACCAACUGCUGGUCCAUUUGGUAGUGUAUUCGGUGCUGCUGUAACAACUACAGCUCCUAGUACUGGUGCAUUUGGUAGUGGAUUUGGUAAUAAUACGACAACAACAUCACCAUUUGGUAGUAGUUUUGGUGCUACGUCAAUAACACCAACAUCAACAUCGAAUGCGCCUGCAUUUGGUAGUAGUGGUUUUCCAUUUAGUUCAACAGUAUCGGCAAGUACAACUGCUAAAUCCACAACUGGUACUUCAUUAUUUGGUGGUGGUGCUAGUAGUACGCCUCCAUUUGGUAAUAGUUUUUCUGGUUUUGGUACACAUACAAGUUCGUCUGGACCAUCAACUGGUUUUUCAUUCAGUGGAUUUGGUGGUGCUCAACCUGCAGAAGCAACACCAACACCAUCAAGUUUUGGUUCGUUUGGAUCACCAACUGCUACAUCAUCAGCAUCAUCUCCAUUUGGUAGUUCAUUAUUUGGAGGAGCAGCAGCAUCUGGACAAACAGCUAAUUUUGGCCCAACAGUGCAUUCAUUUGGCGCUUCAUCAACACAAGCAGCAAAUUCACCUUCAUUUACAACUUAUCGUAAAUAA